AGCAUUUUGCUCGUUGAAUCAUUUUUCGCGCCCCUUUGGAGUCGUUCGCCAUGCCGACCAAACGUUCCCAACGUGCUACUGCUGCUGUGGUGGCUGGGGCUGCCGCCACCAUGUUGGCUCCUUCCUUCGUGGGCCCGUCUGCCUCAUCAAAGCUGAGCGCUGUGACGAGCGCCCCGGCGCCUGUGGCCGCAUCAGCGCCUGCCAGCGGAGUUGGUGCUGGAGCCAGCAUUCUCGGUGCAGGAGCAGCAGCUUUGGCAGCAACCGCGGCUGUGCGACCAACCAAGCGAUGCGCCAAGAAGGACAAGGCUGUUCGCCUCGCCACAGCAACCGAAGUGGACGUGGACACUGAGUGCAUCAAUGCCAUCCGCUUCUUGGCCGUGGAUGCUGUGAACAAGGCCAACAGUGGUCAUCCUGGUGCUCCCAUGGGUCAGGCACCAAUUGGAUACCUUCUCUUCGCUGAGGAGAUGCAGUACAAUCCUGAGGAUCCAAAGUGGGUGAACCGUGAUCGCUUUGUCCUCUCUUCAGGCCACGGCUGCAUGCUCCAGUACUCCCUCCUGCAUUUGGCCGGGUAUGACAGUGUCUCCAUCGACGACAUCAAGCAGUUCCGACAGUGGGGUUCCAAGACUCCAGGCCAUCCUGAGAACUUCGAGACUGAUGGCAUUGAAGUGACCACCGGACCGCUGGGCAUGGGCAUCUCCAACGCCGUGGGCCUGGCGGCCGCUGAGGCGCACCUCGCGGCAGUCUACAACAAGCCUGGAAUGGAACUCAUCGAUCACUACACCUACACCAUUGCAGGUGAUGGCUGCAUGCAGGAGGGCAUCUCGCAUGAGGCCUGCGCAUAUGCUGGCCACUUGGGGCUGGGCAAGCUUAUCGCCUUCUACGAUGACAACGGCAUCACCAUCGAUGGCCACACCGACCUCUCCUUCACCGAGGACGUGGGCAAGCGCUUCGAGGCCUACGGCUGGCAGGUCUUGGAAGUGCCGGAGGGCAACACUGAUGUGGAUGCGAUCCGGAAGGCCAUCAAGGAGGCGAAGGCCUGCACUGAUAAGCCCACUUUGAUCAAGGUGAAGACCACCAUUGGCUUUGGCUCGCCCAACAAGGCUGACAGCCAUGAUGCCCACGGAGCACCCCUGGGCGCAGAUGAGGCGGAGGCCACGCGAAAGCAGCUGGGAUGGAACUACGGUGAGUUUGAGGUGCCAGACCAGGUGUAUGACACCUUCAGGAAGCAUGCCAAGGCUGGCUCUGAGAAGCAAGCGGCCUGGAAUAAGAUGUGGAAGGAGUACCAGGAGAAGGAGCCCGAGCUGGCUGCGCAGUUCAAGCGCGCGGUGAUGGACCGCAAGCUGCCCGACAACUGGACCGAUGCGCUCCCCAAGGUGACUCCGGAGGACAAGGGCAAGGCCACCCGGCUCCACUCCCAGGACUGUUUGAAUGCCAUCGCCAACGUGCUGCCAGAGUUCAUGGGCGGCUCGGCCGACCUGGCUCCCUCCAACAUGACUUUGAUGAAGUGCACGGGCGACUUCCUGAAGGACAGCUACUCCGAGCGCAACAUGCGCUUUGGCAUCCGCGAGUUCGGCAUGGGCGCCGUGUCUAACGCGCUGUCCCUGGACAAGACAGGCAUCAUUCCUUACUGCGCCACCUUCACCAUCUUCACCGACUACAUGCGGGGCGCCAUCCGCAUUGCUGCCCUGUCGCAGGCAGGCACCAUCUUCGUGACCACUCACGACUCCAUCGCAGUGGGUGAGGAUGGUCCAACCCAUCAACCCAUCGAGACCUUGCCCUCCCUGCGUUUGAUCCCCGACCUCACCGUGAUGCGCCCCGCGGACGGCAACGAGACCGCCGGCGCCUACAAGUAUGCCGUGGAGCGCUCCAAGAACGAGUCCCGCCCCACGAUGAUGGCCUUCUCACGUCAGGCCGUGGACAAUUUGCCCAACUCGUCCAUUGAGAACACCCUGAAGGGUGCCUAUGAGGUGAUUGAGUGCGAAGAGCCAGAGCUGAUCCUGAUCGGCACUGGCUCUGAAGUUGGACUGUGCGUCGAUGCGGCCAAGAAGUUGGAGAAGAAGGUGCGAGUGGUCUCGAUGCCUUCUUGCGAGGUCUACAGGGAGCAGCCGGACAGCUACAAGUCCAAGCUGCUGCCAGCAGACGUGCCGAAGAUGAGCGUUGAGGCCGCAUGCACUUCUGGAUGGGGUGAAUUCGCGGAUGCCUUCGUGGGCAUCGACGUCUUCGGAGCCUCCGCGCCGGGCGGCACCUGCCUGGACAAGUUCGGCUUCAACGUGGACAACGUCGUCAGCUGCGCCGAGAGGUGCCUCUCGGGCGAAAAGGGCGCCCUGUCCAACGGCAGCCAGGGCAAGCAUUGAGCGAG